AUGUGCGCCAGUCGGGAUGUAUUAGCGUCUGUGUACAUAGUGGACAAGAAUACCGAUGACGGAGAACCGAAAUGGCCACGCAAGACACGCUGGUACUCCGAUACCGCAAAGCUGCCAAAUGCGGCAAGACCAGCUCCGAAGGGCCGUGCUGGCGUAUCCUCGACAAGGGCUGAUGCGGAAUUACGGCUUUUAAUACGGUUAGUCAAGGAAUGACUGAUCUUCAUAGUUAGAUUAAUACAUAGUGGUAGUACAACUACAAGAAGUUACGAACGGUUGCAGUUACUAACUUUAGCUACGGUCGUAGUACAUUGUACUGGUACUAGUACUUAAUAGUACGUGUAUUUCCAUUUCGUGGUUCAGUAUCAUCAAUGCGCUUCCCGUCUGCUUUUCGACUCUAAUGCGACACGGAGAAGCCUCAUCGCCUUCGACUGCAUUUAUCAGGCGAGGAUCUUCCAGCACCACGACUUCUUCUAGCACCACGGCUCCGGUGUCUUCCGGUACGGACUCUGUGUGGCAGGGCCUGGUGAGCAAUAGCGUCAUUCUAGGUAUCAAGUUCAUGGCCUUUUUGUGCACCCGUUCUCAAGCAAUUUACGCAGAGAUGAUGCACAGCGUAGUAAGGCUUCCCGCAAUUCAUCUUAGGAGGCAUCUUUAGCACGUUUUCAAGGGGAAAAGAGGCCAACUAAGAUGCCUCUUAGCCAGAUGAAUUUAGGUAGGAUCUAAGCAUAGCUGAUGUCAUGAAUUACUCCUAUCGCUUGCUUAUGCUCCGCCAAUCCGAGCUGACGCAUCCAACGCAACUACACCCGUAUUUAUGAUCAUGCAUUGAAUUUAGUGAAGACGUCGGUUACUGAGUCAGGAGUGACCAACGACUAGAUUUUAGUCUAAUGCUUGUGCUAAAACAAUAAUGUCAGCUUACCGGUUUCGGUCUACUAGCACGUCAUCUCUAUGCCGAUGCGUGGUUAGAAGAUUAGUGUUAGUCUAUUAGUUGAUGUUCUCAGUCUCAGUGUCGUCCUUUCUUUGUUUCAAAGUAUCAUGAUCAUGCAAGGAAGCACAAGCAGUUUUUAUGGUAACUCGACGCUGCGCGAGCAGCACGACCCAUAAUGAUAAUUACAAUUCUUACUGCUCCUCUCAUUCGAUGUGGCAUCAAUAUUCGUUGCUCAUCUCCUAGAACUAGUCCACCUCUAGUGCAUCUUUCUAAUCGAUGGCUACGCACCUCUGCGAUACAUCACUGCUGACCGCAGCUUCGUCAUCUUAGGAAUCAUUGGUGGCGUGUUUCCCC